AUGCACGAGGAAGACCAGGGAGGCGGCAGUAACCGGGGGAGGUGCGCGGCGUGCAAGUACCUGCGCCGGCAGUGCGCCCCCGACUGCGUGCUCACCCCCUACUUCCUGGCGUCGCAACCCCACCGCUAUGCCGCCGUCCACCGAAGCUUGCCGGUGGAUGAGAGAGCUCAGGCGGCGGAGACGAUGGCAAUGGAGGCGCAGUGGCGGGUGGAGGACCCGGUGUACGGAUGCGCCGGGAUCAUCAGCCAGCUGCAGGAGGAGAUUCAGCCAACGCAGUGCGAGCUCGCCAGGACGCGAGCGCAGCUCGCCAUCGUCCCCGUGCACGGUGCGCAGCUGCAGGGUUCCACGGCUGCUCUUCCGCCGCCGCAGCCGCAGCGAGACGAGGGCCACCGCGUCCCCGUCGCGCAGAUGCAAGGCCAAGGGCAAGGAAAGGCGGUGUCGUUGCUUGACCCGGACGACGGCCACCGCGUCGCUGUCGCGCAGAUGCAGGGGCAGGGAGAGGCGGUGUCGUUGCUUGACCGGCCCGGACGACGGCCAUCGCGUAGAGAAUCUCUUGUUAAAUUAAGAGAUUUGAAAGGCGUGUGUGUUGGUGGAACUGAAUAG